AUGGAAACAGAAAGGUCAAAACAGCCUACGGAAAUAACUAACCGGGCAGAUCGGCUAAAGAGACUUUCAGAAAAGAGAAGAAAGUGUUUGGAAGCAAAUGCGGCGGAAAGAGCAGCUGAAGUGACCAGGCAGAGGAUCCGGUCUCAAGAUUACAGAAACCAGUCGAAGUCGACCAAUGGAGAAGAGCCAAGCUCAGACAACGUCGAGGAAAAUGAACAAGAUAGACUCAAUUGGACUGCCAGACAAUGGGAGGAGUAUGAGAAGUCCAAGUUGCGUGGCAAGAAACAGGGUUUUAAGGGCCAUUUCGAUUUGGCUCAUGCUACAUACGUGAAAGAAAUAUCACGGAAGCUGGUUGAUAAGGACAAAUAUAAGCGAGCCAUGGAGGGUGGCCAGCUGCUUUUGAACAUUCAUCUGGAGCAGGCAGACAUAGAGGCGUUGGCCAACUCGCUAGCAGCAGCUAGUGAAAGACGUCUCAAGAGAAGAAAGACCCAAGAAUCUGGAGGAGACUUUAUUACGGAAAAGAACAGACAAUUCAACAUGAAGUUGGAUAGGGAGUAUGGCAAGGAAUAG